GUUAAGAUCCCUAGAACAUACCCUCCAUUCUGACGAGUUAUCAGUGCAUAGGGUGCUUACUAGAUUCUUGCCAGCCAGUACAGUUCAAGCUACACACAGCACCGCUCAACUAUUCUCUACCCCAUUAUCUAGCUAAAUCUGGUCCAACUAGACAGCAGACACAGCUAGUUAAUUCAGUAAAGCCAUGUACAUCCAAAGGAGCCAAGGAGUGCCAAUCAUCUUCUUCCAGUCUCUGACACGCUAAACAAAACGAGCUAGAACUGGGAGUCCCAGCUAGAAUUGCUAGCCGGAUCUAGACUAAUAGAAUGACAUGGAGGCGUGGUGAGGCCGGAUCCACACUAAUUGAUCGACCUAAAGACGCUCCUGUUCCAGAUUUCACGAAUGGCAAGGAAAGGGUUAUGCAACAUGCAGAAUGUGCUCCUCCCCCGUUCUGUAGGGGAUCUACCCUGAAAUUUUUAUCAUGUGAUUAGAUCUACCACAUAGGCGUGGUCAUCUCGAGCCAGGCAAUAAUUAUAAUCAUUGAGCUGAACACAAGGCUUUUCGAGUACUCCAAAGCUUUGAGGCUCUAAAAUCGUCAUGCCAGUCUCGUAUAUUCCCAGUGCUGAAAAGGCUGGACCCAAGCAGAAGCAGACGGCCAAGAAGCGCCGCCGGAACCAGAACACUGAGAUAGAAGAACUGUCUGCUCUCCUGCCCAUCAAGCAACAGGCCACCAUCGCCAAUGGCAUCCUGGCUCGAGGAAGAACACAGGCCAUCGAUAAGAUAUCCGUUCUCAGGCUCACCUCAGCUUACCUCAAGUUCCAGAAAUUCUUGGAGAAAGACAAUGAAAACGGAGGGACACACACUGAUGCUGGCAGAUCUACUGAGGCCACAAACCUUCUCUCUGAGGCAUUGGACGGGUUUCUCAUCGUGCUAGACAGUGACGGCUUCAUUCUCUACGUCAGUGACUCCAUCACUAAUGUGGUCGGGCUCACACAGCACGAUGUGAUUGGUCAGAACUUCGUCGAGAUCGUUGAAGAUGACGAUGCCUCUACGAUCACAGACAAUCUACAAUCCAAGACCACACCCCCUUCCACUCACCUGGAUGGCCGCACAGAGUUCCAACAUCGGCAAUUCUACGUGAGGAUCAAGUCGGCAGUCACCCCUGGGAGAAUGCAGCUGUCCAGAUUCACAUCUCAUGUGAUGAUCCAGGUCAGUGGGAACCUGAAGGUCCACAUUCCAUUCCAGCAUCUUAUGGAACCCAAAAAGAAUGGAACUGAACUGCAACCACAAGUUCUGGGUUUUGUAGGAGAGUGUCAGCCAAUCGAGUCCACGUCUUCUAUAUUGGAGGUCUCUGUGCCUCAGUCUCACUUCACCUCCACCAUGAAUCUAGACAUGGAGAUCAUCUCAGUGGAAGCUUCAGUGAAGGAGGUGGUGGGAUAUGACCCGGCUGACUUUGUGGGCACUACCAUGUCAGACUACUUCCAUCCCGGUGACUGUAAGAAGAUGAUCAAUUGCGAGAAAGCAUUGCUACGUCUGGGUCACGCUGUGAGUCCAGUGUUCCGGUUCGCUAGUAGUAAUGGGGAGUGGGUAUGGAUGCAGCUAGAGGGAUUGCUCCGAUACAAGCAGGGCGGAGUUGAGCCUCAGUUCUGGGAGGUCAAGGCAAAAUUACUGAGUCAAGAAGAUGGCAAGAUGAAGUAUGUAGAGUAUCGCGAGAUGUAUGCCAAGAACUGUGACCCUAACCAAGACCUUAUGUGUCCCCACAAGGAUCCGGUUGUGACAAACUGCCUCAUGGAUACUGAGAACAGUUGUCGGAAAGAUAAGGGAGCCCAACCAAUCAUUGACUCUCUCAAAGAGGCUCAGGUGUCGUCGGCGCUCAUUGACCCAAUCCUACACUGCAGAGAGCUCGGACUCAAGUCUCUCCCUGAGCUAAUGAAGCGAGUUCUCACCGAAAACGAAGCCGAUGACUUUGUGAUUCAACGUAACAAAAAGUUAGGGUGGCCUGUCCCUGACAACCUCCAAGAGAGAUCAAAAUUCCUCGAGAAAAUCAUUCAGUCUUUGUCAGCCAAUGGCGCUGAUACCCAGUCACUACAACCAGAGCUCAAACUCGUUGAGAAUCAACCCUCAAUUGACCAAUCACUCGUAGUACAGCCUCUCCUUCAGGAACAAACACCAAUCGAACCGACAUUUUUCCAGCAAAAUGGCUACCAAACUCAAGGGAUUACAAACAUUCAUAGCCCUUCCAAUAGCGUUAAUUCCCUUUUGAGUCCAGUUGGUUCUAGAUUGGACGAAUUCGCUCACUCCCUCACCACCCUCCCGCCCCCACACACCCUCACAUCCUCACACUCGUUUGUGAGUUCGCCCGACUCUGUGCUGUCUCUGGAUCCAUACUCAUACCAAAGCUCUCUCACUACCAGCGUAGUGAGCCCACCCUCUGUCUCUUCUAAUGCUUCAUCUACUACACCCAACACUCCAAAUCCAUCAUUUAAUAACGGACUCAUGGAUCCUUCUUUAUUCGACACAAACGGCAUCAAUUUUGCUCACACACAGACUGCUUUGAACCCAGUCAAUUUCGACCCAAGUGUACAAAACGCUCUGAGCUUCGUGUCACAGAACUUUGCACAAGUGUCAAACACAUCUACAUUUCCACUGAAUGGGAGCAGCAUGGCUUCGAACGGCACUACACAGAACACUGGACAAAAUGUUCACUCAAAUCCACUUCAAGAAUUUUCCGUACAGAACUCAGUGCACCCUCUCAACAAGACCACUAGUUCGUCUUCGCUGGCCAGCUCCGUUCCCAGCCCCCAGUAUCCUUCAAUUGCACCAAGCCCUGUCUCCAACCCCAUUUCACCAGAACAAGCUUUUUCCUCACCAGAAACUGACUGUCUUGGCCAUAUCUUGAGCGAUUACAACGGGAUGGGGAUGCCCAUCUCCCCUGACCAGUUUUUCCAGUCGACUGAAAAUGACUCUUUGGAACAGAUUCUGAGUGAUAUGAUAUCUCUAAACCAGGAGGGUGGACAAUUAUCUGUGGAGUGCAAGGUUUACGGUAAUGGUGAUAUACGAGGGUACGGGGACAGCGGGAUUAGCGAGGGAAAUCCAGAGGCAGAGGAUGUGAUUCAACAGUUUCUGUCAUAAACUAAGUAACUAAGCAUUUAUAUGUAUUGCAUCAGUUUUUUUAUGUUUGUUUGAAUAGUGAAGUAAAGAGUAGCAUUUUGUUUUUCAAUUUUUGUGAUAUUGGAUUUGUGCUCUGUUCAUCGUGAA